GGCGUUUCCGUACUUAGGCGCCUCGGCUGGGUGUAGCGAGUCAGUUACUGCAAGUUCUUCACUAAACUGCGAUCGCAAGGCUUUGCUCAUCCAAAAUGGAUCUGAAAAACCUACAUUUCGUUUUUGUGUUUUUCGCAGCUAUAGGAUGCUGUGCCGGGCAGCAGCCCAGUCUCGUUAAUGGCAUCAUGGGUGGCACUGUAACUCUACGCAUCUUGAACCCCCCUUCGCCGUUUCCAAGUAUCUUGAAUGCUAUUUGGGCCACCAGCCACGGUGGACAGCGUGUGUCUGUAGCAUCCUCUAUUACUGGGAUCGUGAAGUUCGACCCCACGUAUGACAGCAGGGCAGCUCUGAACAUCACCACAGGGUCCCUGCAGAUCAACAAACUCACGCCGAAGGACUCGGGAACUUAUGAUGUUACUCUGAUUUUUACUGAUGGUAGCAUGCUGACAGAACAAACGGUCCUCAAAGUCUAUGAGCCUGUCGCUGCCGUGUCUGUGACGGCCAAUGUGACCAGCGCCGUUGAGUUCAAUGACACCGUCAGCCUAACCUGCUCGGCCCAGGGCUCCGACCUCUACUUCCAGUGGUUUAACGGCAGUUCUCAGAUCACGCCUAAUGACCGCGUGAGCCUGACCAAUGGCAACGGGACCCUCACCAUCUCCAGCGUCCGGAGGUACGAUCAGGGACCUCUGAUCUGCACGGUGCGGAAUGUCUUCAUGAGCCAGAGUGCAAACAUCACUUUGGACGUCAGCUUUGGACCCGAAAAUAUUUUGGUGACUGCAACUCCUCAAAUAAAACUACAGACCACAGGGUCCAAUGUGACCCUAAACUGCUCAGCUCAGUCCCGUCCUGCUGCAUCAUUCUCCUGGGCUGUCAAUGGAACUGCGCUCAAAGAUGUAGGCCCAGUAUACAAGCUGGAUAAUGUUGCUGCAGACAAAAGUGGCAACUACACCUGCUGGGCCUACAACAGCAAGACGCAGCGGUACACGGCCUCCCAGACCGUGCAGCUCACCAUCCUCGAGAAAAUAUCUAACACUAAGAUCGUGGGCCCAUCGACGCCACUUAUAGCUGGCAAUAGCUCGGCUAACCUGACGUGUCAAACCAAAUCCGGCUCCCUCAACACCAUGGAGUGGCUGAAGGAUGGAAAGCCGCUGGUUCCCAGCAGCUCUGUCACCGUCUCUGCAGAUAAGAUGUCCUUAUUCAUCAGCUCUGUCCAGCGAACAGACCAGGGCGAGUAUCAGUGUAAAGUCACCAAUCCUGUCAGCACAGACACCGCAAGCUACAGAAUGACUGUCACUUACGGCCCGGACAAGGCCCACGUGGAGGGAGUGGGCGCAGUGGAGGUGGGCGCCAGUGUUCACCUCGACUGCGUCGUCGAGUCGGCGCCUGGCUGCAACUUCAGCUGGACGUUCAACGGCACAACAAAAGACGUGACAUCGCCGAAGUACGUCAUAACGAGCACUGCGUACAGCGACACCGGCAUUUACGCCUGCCAGGCCCGGAACGUGGUGACGGGCAUGACCGCCAAGUCCUUGCCCCACAUGCUUGCUGUGAAAGAGAAGGGGACCCUGCCGGAGCCGCUCUCGGGGGGGUCCAUCGCGGGCAUCAUUAUCGGGGUCCUGGUGGCCAUCAUUCUCAUCACCAUCAUCGCCAAAUGCCUCAUGAAGCGCAGGAACUCUCACCUGGAUAUGUGUGCUGGAUCCAGUAAGACAAUUGAAAGGAUCGAAUCACCGUACUAGCAUCAGCGAAUGGGAAAUGGACUGAUGCCUUCCUCAUGUAUGACACUGCCCCCCCACCCCCACCCCCAUCCAAGCCCCGCUACUGCAUUCAGAUGUACGAGUUAAAGGGACCAGGCAGGACUCCUGAUCAAAAAGACGGCCAAAACAGCAAUCAGAAAAUAUCGUUUUCAGCCGUGCAAUAGGCAGAUAUUAACUCCUCCCACUCUUGGGGACCUUCUCUUUGUACCCUUUUUUGAAUGGCACUGAAGGAGUGAAUCUGUGCUGGAGCAGUGGAGCAGCCUGAUUUCACACCUGACUGCCCUGGCUUGCACGUAUUUGCACUGGAAACUGCGAGGCUCUCCCUGUACAUCAAGCCCCCGCAAACAGACGCACGAGCGUCAGCCGCCAGCCAGCAGCGCAGCAGAAUCCAGCCAGCCUCACUCCGUCUGUGCGACCUUUUUAUCAAUGGACUGCCUGUGCCGUAUGCAAGUUACAGCAAAGAUGGCAAGAGUCAGCACGUCUGUUUUGGGUAAAUCAGUAACUCUUGUGGAGGGAGAUUCUGGGUGCCGGUCUUUGAUGUGAACGCUAAAAACAGAAAUGCUUCCAGCAUAGCAAAAAUGUUUAAAAUGGAUCAGUCAAAGCAACCUCUGCAUUUUAAAACCAUGAAAGUCACUGAUACUGUAUGAUAAGCAGGCACGUCAAAUGAAUAUUAAUUUUUAGAAGGUGGUAGGUUAUGUGUAUUUUGUUAAAAAGAAAAAAAAACGUUGUUUUGAGAAAUCUUUUGUUUUAAGGUCAUUUCUGGGUACUGUAUGUUUACUGAAUUCUCCACCAACUGAACUGCUUUUUUGCUUUUAUCUUGGACUUUGCACCUCUUGGUAUUUCGCCCUAAAUUAUGCCCAACAUGUUUACAGACCCAAGCUUUUAAUGUCAUUUAGUCUGUGAGGCAGCGUGAGGGUCAUGUGAAGGCGGAAGCGUCACGUCCACCUACAUACGUCUGAGAAGGAACUGCAAGCGGGCACAGCAGGUGGCCCCGGGUAACGGAUGAAUGUCCAUUAAAGUGGAUCGUAAUACUUAGCUUGCUGCUUCUGAUUGACCUCCAAAAAAAUCCCAAAAUAUUACCUCACCCUCCAUGUGCUGUAGACACUUCCUGUGCUUGACCUUAUUUAUUGGUAAUGUCAGUUAAUGUGUUGAAUGAUACUUUCCAGUUCUGAGUUCACCCCAUACAAAUAUAUGAAACUGCAAGGCAUUAUAAAGAAACUGCAGUGAGCGUAACAAUAACUUGUUUAUCAGAUGCCAGAAAUAAAUCACUGUAUUAAGGUUCUUAGGACGAUGCCAACAACAUUGAAAAGAAAUAAAAAUAUUACUAAUGACUCACCAUAUAAAAUUUUCAAUUGUAAAAUUUUUGAUUUGACCUGUUUUUAUAUGGUUCUGCACAGCGCUCGGAUGGCUUUUCUGUGCUUUCCCCCCAGUGCCUUUAGAGCAGGGUACUCGGCUUGCGGGUCUUUGUUGGCGCUGGGGAGAUUGUGCUGCACUGUUAUCUUACGGACGGUGGUGUGGCUCUUUGGCCAUGAAAGGUUCCCUUUGGCUGGCACUAGUCGCUCUACAUUAGAUCACAUUAGAUCACAGUAGUUGGCAGAAUGCAUUACUGUGUUCUGUCAGGCCAAUUAAGGAGUGCUGAUUGAGCUCCCCGAGGCAACACGCCACCUCUCCCACAUCUGGGAGGUGUAGAGGCGCUGUGAGAUCCCUCUUUCAGCUUCCUAGUUACCCUCUGCCACUCCCUCCUCUCCAUGUCUGCUCAGAAGCCAGCCCGGAAAGUCGAAGUGCCCGGGGCCUCGUACCGAGGAGCAGAUGAUAGGUGAACGUGACACAGGUAGUCUGUCCUCUCUCGCUCUGCUCGCCGAGGCACAGCUUCUCAGCAAGGGCCGCCUUCUUCCUCAGCCAGCUGUUCCCAAGGGCCAGGCGGAUCCCACACAAUGUCCUCUCACUUUUUUCUCCAGGCAGGCUUGGGGAACCUCUCUCUGACUGACAGCACAUUGAUCACCUUUACUGUUUUAUCGGGGGACCUGCCAAAGAAGGGAGAAACCUUUGUCAGGUUCACACACACUGAACAAAAAAUGUCAAUUGAGUCAUGUUGGGAUUGGGAUUUUGUUUGGAUAGACUGAAAUUUCGCGUCACUUUUCAGCAAUGCUGCCUUUCUUGAUGGUGUAUGGCAAGUUAACAACACCUGCUCUUUUGGACUGGGUUUGGUGUAGGUGGUGGAUUUAAUCAUCUAGGUGAGUCUGGUUCUUGGCUGACUACCAUAAAUGUAAAUUGCAAAAAACUUUUAAGAAAAACAAAGUGUAGAAGUGAACCAGUGAUCUUUUGGAACCUGCUUCUUCAUUCCUGCCUCUUUCCUCUGCUGUGGUGACAGUGUGUUUUGGGCUGAGAGGCUGAGGUUUCAAAGGGGAGUAUUAACUGCUGCACUGCGUGGCGGAACUCUAGCGGAGAAGCUGCAGAUCUGCCGUUAGACCUUCUCCCAGGGCACCCUGCUCUCAAACUUCACUUCCUAGCUAUUUCUUGCAUUUUUUUUUAUUAUUAUUAUUAUUUUAUAGAGAGGCAUAAACUCUGUUGUAUGCAAAACCCAUAUUUUUAUAUGUUAAUAAAAACAAAUAAUAAUGGUC